AUGGUUCUCGCCGACCUAGGCAGAAAGCUCAAUGCCGCCCUCUCGUCCCUGAGCAGGGCGCCUGUAGUCGACGAGAAAGUACUUGAUGCUACACUGAAGGAUAUAUGUGCUGCCCUAUUGGAGUCCGAUGUCAACGUCAAGCUUGUCUCUCAGUUGCGAUCAAAGGUUCGGGCCAAGGUCAAAGCGUCGUUGGAGAGCGGAGACAAGGUUAAGGACCAGAAUCGGAGGACAGUGCUACAGAAGGCUGUCUUCGAUGAGCUGGUGAAUCUUGUCGACCCAGGGGUAGAACCCUACAAACCAAAGAAGGGUCAGUCCAACGUGAUCAUGGCCGUCGGCCUUCAGGGCAAUGGAAAGACCACCACCUGCACCAAGCUCGCUGUGCACUACCAAAAGCGCGGCUUCAAAUCCUGCAUCGUCUGUGCCGACACCUUCCGUGCCGGCGCCUUCGACCAGACCCGACAAUCCGCCACCAAAGCGAAGGUCGCGUACUUCGGCUCGUAUACCGAAACGGACCCCGUUGCGAUAGCCGCGCAGGGCGUGACCAAGUUCAAGAAAGAGCGGUUUGAGGUCAUCAUCGUGGACACGUCCGGUCGGCAUAAACAGGAGAGCGAGCUAUUCCAAGAGAUGGUGCAGAUCGGUGAAGCCGUCAAGCCCAAUAUGACGAUUCUAGUCUUGGAUGCGAGCAUCGGUCAGGCUGCGGAAGCCCAAGCUCGUGCGUUUAAGGACAGCGCAGAUUUCGGUGCCAUCAUCGUCACGAAAAUGGACGGUCACGCUAAGGGUGGAGGCGCUAUCUCAGCUGUGGCCGCAACUAAAACGCCCAUCAUCUUCCUCGGUGUGGGUGAACAUCUGGCAGACCUGGACAGGUUCUCCCCACAACCAUUCAUCUCCAAGCUUCUCGGUCUCGGCGAUAUGCAGGGACUCAUGGAGCACAUGCAAGAUCUCGCUCAGGCAAAUCCGGACAAACAGAAAGAAAUUGCGAAGAAGCUCGAGGAAGGCAAGCUCAGCAUCCGGGAUUGGCGAGAGCAAAUAUCGAACAUCAUGAACAUGGGUCCCAUAAGCAAAAUUGCUUCCAUGAUCCCUGGCAUCCCUCAAGAAAUGCUCGCCGGCGGAGACGAGGAAGGUACGAACCGCAUGAAACGCAUGAUCUUCAUCACGGACUCCAUGACCGCCUCCGAGCUUGACUCGGACGGUUCGCCCUUCAUGGAAUUCGGCAAAGACGGCAAGCCCGUCGGUAUCACCUGGCGGGUCACGCGAGUCGCCCGUGGCAGCGGUACGAGCGUGCGCGAGGUAGAAGAGCUGCUGUGCCAGUACCGGAUGAUGGCAAACAUGGCGAAGCAGGCGGGAGGAAAGAACGGCUGGUUGCAGACAAUGCAGAAGAUGCAGCAAGCGGCAGGUGGAAAGGGUCGUGGGCCUAAUGGUAUGCCUACGCCGGCGCAAAUACAGGCCAUGCAGCGUUCCAUGCCUCCUGGCAUGCUGCAGCAAAUGCAACGGCAAAUGCGGAGUGGCGGAAUGGCGGAGAUGAUGAAAGCUAUGAUGCAGGGUCAGGGAGGCGACCAGUUUGACAUGGAGGAAAUGCAGCGCAUGAUGUCGCAAAUGGGCGGCGGAUUGGGCGGCCUAGGGGGACUCGGUGGUAUGCCGAAUAUGGGCAACAUGGCUGAAAUGAUGAAGAUGAUGGGCAUGGGUUCGUAAUAUGGUAUCGAUGUGGCGCACAUAUGAUCGCGUGUAUGACUACAUUGUAAUAUAUGCAUUACACGAACUACAUGGACUAUACAUUGGAUGCUAAUUUACAGGGAAG